CACAAACCCAGGGGUUUCGGUGGCUUACUAAGGGGGUUUCAGGCGCCUGAUCGGAUCCUUAGGGCGCCUAGCAGUAGGUACUAGUUGACAGGCCCUACUAAAACUGCUAGUACUGGACUAAUGCUGCGAUCUCCCCGGCCGGUUGCGAGGGACAACCAGGUAAACAUGCUAUCUGGAAUUCUCGCAUUAUCAGCUAGCACGCGUCAACGACACCACAUCUAUAAUUGAAACCCGACUCAACACACAACAACCAAUAACCAAUUCAACGAUUGACGAUAUUCCGCUUACACUUCGAACAUGUUAGCCGCUCGAGAUCAGGAAAACAUAAUUCAUGCGCGUCAAACCGCUGCCGCCGGGAAACCACUCAACCAAGGUGUACGGGCUCUGCAUCCAAAGACUCCCGGAGGCCUGAAGACACCAUUUCGAGCCGGCCAGAACGAUGAAAACCGUCCCCUAGAUUUGAAAGGCCAGAAGACAGUGGGCAAGGAUGGGCCUAGCAAGGUGGACAAGACUGCGUUGGUUACACCUCUUGGCCCGCGCAAUCGAGCACCGCUCGGUGCAAAGACCACGAAUAUCAAAGCUCGAGUUUUCCAAACCCCCGCACCGGCUCCCUUGACGACGAAACAAGGCCUGACUGUCCAAAAAUCAGCCACAGCUCGACGCUCUGGACGGUCCAAGAUCGCCGUUGCCCCCUCGGAGCCGAUUGGGACCGAUGUCUUGACGAGACGUGUCGACGAGGAAGAAGAACCGGACUUUGGCUAUGCGCCGCCACCACCGACUGAGUUACCGGAUCCUCCUUUGGAGGUUAGCGAAGAUCCAUUACUAACAGAGGAGCUUUUGCGAGGCUAUGGUCAAUUGUACUGCCACUCGCCAAAAGACAAGGAUGGCAUCUCAGUCCGGCUCAAAAAGGAAGCAGAGGAACUUUUGCAGCAUCAGAAAAAGCAGGAGCAAGAGAUAUUGGACAGUUGGAACAAAUCAGAUUCACCCACUACCGACGAGUUGAACAAACAGGUCGAUGCCAUGAUUGCCGCAGGGCCAAAAAAGAGCAGACCGCAGAUUUCUAGAGUCGACACGAUGAAAGCAAGAUCUGCCGUUGCGGCAUUGUCUGAUUCGCAGCCUCGACUUCCAAGUGCCGCUAUGAAGCCAACGCAGGCGUCGGAGCAGAAGAAGAAAGAUAUGGCCCGGGUCAAGUCCAAGCACACCACAGCGGCACCGCCGCCAUCAACUACCAGACCUGCACGGUUGGCUGUGUCCAAGAACACCAUUGGAUUUCCUAAAGCCAAGAAAGCUCCGUCCAUAAUCCCACCGGGCUUUCAAGAGGGAAAGCCAACGAGUACUCCAGCAUCCAAGCCUAGGAAAAUCGACCAGGCUUCUAUCCAUCCUAGGGACUUCCGCGACCUAUACGGGUCCCCACCAGUGGAGAGUGAUAUGUGGUUCCGACUUAAAGAGUAUGAGCUGCUGGAGCAGGACGUUUUGAAGGCUGAUUGUGGUGAACUUGACGAGGAGUUAUUUGACACGGACGUUUUCCCUUUCGACAACAGUAAGCUGGACGAUGACGAUUUCCAGCUCCCAAUGCCAGAAUGAACAAGAUUACCCAGUCACAAGACAUAGGUCCAAGCAUCGCGGGCACUCACAGUUCUAGCUUGGAUCACCAUUGAGGAUGAUGAUUAUGAUUCAUGAUACGUAUACCCAGCGUGUUACACAGUUUUUGUUUGCAAGGAGACUGCACAAAAUGGACACCGGGGCGGGUUGCGGCUGGCCCCUGUGGAUCAAUGCAGCAGUGUAUUAAUGAGGUCAAGGUGGAAUGCACAUAAAGCAAGGAUUUCGCUUUACAGGGCGGUCUUCAGAAAAUAUGAUAAAGUAUGGCAGUGUACAAUCGUAGAUGAAUUUUCUUUUUAAGUCAUUCCUGCUAGGGGCCGUACGCCCAAGAGUUCUUCAGUGUCUUCUGGUCGGGAGAACUUUAUGAACAUAUGUUUCAGUCAA